UAGAAAACAAUGUCCCUUGACUUCGAUAGCGGAGCUCUACAAACUCAGCAUGAAGAGGAAGAGUAUGACCAAGAGGAUUAUGCAAGAGAACAAGAGCUGCAACAACUAUUGACAGAUCUCCCCCAUGAUAUGCUGGAAGACAGUGGAGACCAGCUCUCCAGCUAUUCAGACAGUAGCAUUCAUGAGAAUGAAGAGCAAUCACAUGAGCCCUGGGAGCAUGAUGGAAGGUGGAAUGAUCAUCCAUUGAUUAAUGAUUGUCAGAAUGGUUAUGAACAAGGACAAAAUCUGUUCUCUGAGCAGUUGUUGUGUGACCAGCAAAAUAACCACAUUGAAAAACCUUUGAAGAAUUGGAAUGGCCUAUGUAAUGAUGAAGAAAAACGUUUGUACGAGAUUAAGGAAGAUUAUGGUGGCCAAACCAGUCAAGAGGAUUCCAGAGAUGUGUAUCUUGGCAGAGAUGGGUAUAGUGCUCCAAGCUGCUACCAACAGAGCAAUGUGUAUCAUCUUCCAGAAAACUUCAGGCCCUAUAUGAAUGGCCAUAAACCAGAAAUGAAUAGUCAGCAAAGUAAAAUAGUAAUUUUUCCGGACACUUCAAAGGACCAUCUUAAGCAGUUUGGUGCAUCUGAAGUUGUUAGUGGCCAGUCCGUAGAAUCUUACAAAGUGACAUAUAAACCAUACCAAAAUGGCAUUCAGCAAAAAGUUCCAAUAACUCAAGAAGGGACCAGAAGAAAUGAAGUCUUUGAAGAUUUGCAGCACGAAUUUCUGGGCAGUGGUGAAAAUUCUUCUGAGAACAUGCAAAUUAUUCAGCUUCAAGUUCUGAAUAAAGCAAGAGAAAGACAGCUGGAAGAACUUAACAAAAAGCUAGAAGAGAGUGCACAGCAGAUUAGAUAUUUGAAUCAUCAACUUUCAAUGGUCAAAGAUGAAAAAGAUGGUUUGGCUGUUAGUCUUCAUGAGUCUCAAAAACUCUAUCAGAAUGGAAAAGACCGGGAGGUACAUCUUGAAGGUCAAAUAAAAGCACUUGAAACUCAAAUUCAGACUCUUACUGCCAAUGAGGAACAGCUAUUGAAACAGUCCAAAGUGGCAGAGGUAGCCAUGGAAAGCAUGAAGAAGCAGCUGUUAGAACUUCAGCGGUCAGAUGCGCUUCAGCGAGCCCGAGAGCAACAUGAGGCCAUUAUUUCAGCACUCAAGCAAAAGUAUGAAAAGCAAGUUACAGCAUUAGAGCAGAAACUUGAUACUACAAGCUCUGCGCUCCGAGAGCAGGUGAGAACGGAUCUGGGGACACUGUUGCAGGUGCUGUAGAGUUCCACAGCUGUUCUGAACAACACUUCUUGUCAUUCUUCUUGCAUAUUUAUAUUUCUGUCUCUCCCUCUUCCCUGUUCUUUCCUUCUUGCAACAGGCUCGAUACAGGAGACAAAUCAGUUACGGCUUCAACUGCAACAAGCUCAGUCUGCACACAUGAUAAGCAAUAACAUGAACAAGGCUUUGCAGGAAGAAUUAAUGGAACUGAAGAAAGAAAUAACUCUGUAUGAAUCUGCUGCCAAACUUGGAGUAUUUCUGAAUGAUGCAGGUGGAGAGCUGAGUGAAUCUUAUGUAGAUCUGGGAAUUAAACAAUUCGACUGGAAAAAAUCAAGAUUUUGCAGUGCAAUAAAAAAUAGAGACCCAGACAAAGAACUUUCUAAAGAUGAAAUUAUCGUAGAACUAAAAGCUGAACUAGAACGGUCAUUGAGCAGUAAUAAAACAAAGAGAAACCAGGUUACUCAAUUGCAGAAUGACCUUAAAGAUUGCCAGAAAGCAUUAGAAGAAUGCAAACAGCUGCUGAAAGCAGAAGAAGCAUCAAAAGCCUUAGAGCCUGUGAAAAAUCUGAAUGAUACUUUAGUGGCUAGUCCACCUGUUUCUGAUAAUCUUAAGGAAGAAGUUCUGAGACUCAGAAAGUCUAAUGAAACUUUGAUGCAAGAAGUUCAGAACCAUGCUCUGACUAUUGAAGAGCUGAAAUCAAAUGAGGAAAAACUGAAAAAUUCAAAUCAAGAUCUCUGUUUUCAGAUGAGACAGAUGAUUCAAGAUUUUGAUGAGGAUAAACAAGAAGCCAUUGACAGGUGUGAAAGAAUGUAUCAGCAACAUCAUGAGGAUACAAAAGCCCAGUUGGAGAAAGACCUUAUAGAGAAAUAUACCGAAGAAAAACAGCAGCUUAUUCAGGCUUAUGAAGAGACAAUAUCACAGUUUAAGGCUGACAUAGAGGUGCUGAACAAAGAGAUGACUGCAGUGAAGGAAUGUUAUAUAUCAGUUUGUGGUGAGAAGGACAUCUUGGAAGCUACCUUAAAGCAGAAGUUUGAGGAGGAGCAGCAGCUGAAGGAAGACAAGGUUAAGAAGCAACUACUACAAGAGAAGGAAGACGCACUUCGCAACCAGAGGAUGGAGCUUGAAGAGAAGUACAACAUUUCUAUUAUAGCAGCAAAGAACCAAUGGCUGAAAGAAAAAGAAAUUUAUAUUAAACAGCAGGUUGAAAAGGAAGUUGCAUUAGUUAAAAUCCACUGGGAGAAGGAAGAGAAGGAGAAAAAAGAACAAGUCAUUGCAAAAAUAGAAAGAGAAUGGCAAAGUAGACUGGAAGAAACAAGAAGAAUUUUAGUUGAAUAUAAUGACUACAGCACCCAAACUGAUCAAAUAACGGUUACGGAUGAAAGCUCAUCUAAAGAGUUAGCAAGGAUUGUUGAGGACCAGAAACUGCAGCUCCAGAAGGCAUUGAAAGAAAAGAUGGCCUCUGAAGAGGCCUUAAAAGAACUUGAAAUAGAACUGGAAAAUAAAUACCAUAAAAAUCUUUCCAGCCAGGUAGAUGCAGCUUUAACACAAGCUCAUGCUAGGUGGCUUCAAGAAUUAACAGACCUCAAAGAGUAUAAAAUAAAUCUAAAGGCAGAACAGGAAAAAUGGGAAAGGGAGCAUGCAGAGAGUGCAGCAAAACAGUUAGCUCUAGUUCUCUCAGCUGCUGAAGAGAAAUGGAAGAAAGAAUUGGAGAAUACAGAGAAAUCUGGACCAAGAGUGAAAGAACUUGAAGAAAAGGUCCUUUCUCUAAGAAAGGAAUUGGAGCUAAAGAAAGAAGAAAUCCCUGCCACUAUCAAAGCAGAAGUAGCAAAAGCUCGUGCUCAGUGGAACAAAGAAAAGCAAGAAGAAAUCCUUCAGAUCCGGGAGCAGAAUGAAAGAGACUACCGUUCAUUUUUAGAUGAUCAUAGAAACAAAAUCAAAGAGGUACUUGCAACAGCAAAGGAAGAUCUUGUAAAGCAGAAAAAUGACCUGUCUAUUCAGAAAGAGGCAGAAAUAAAGAUGUUGCUAGACCAAAAGCAGCGAGAAUGGGAGGGUCAGCAAACAAAGAGACUCCAGAAUGAAAUUAAUCAAUAUGAGGAGAGGAUGCUGUUUGAGCUGGAGGCCUUAUUAAGAGAAAUCCAUGAAGAACUAGUCAACUGCACAAAUAACGAGCCGUCUUGGAAGGAUCAGUGCUUCACCACUCCUUCUGAAUUAAAUCAUCAAUGUAAAGAGAAACUAAAGGCUUGCCUACAGAAGGCCUACAGAAGCACAAUUUACAUAGUUCUAGCAAAGGCUGAGCAAGAAUGGAAAGAGAAAUAUGAGCAACUACUGACUAAGGUAAAUGAAAAAACAUACUGCUGUGUGCAAAGUGGUGAAGGAGAAACUGGAGAAAUGGCAAGACCUCCUGUGUACAGUGUUGGACACCAAAUAGAAAAGCAAAGAAUGCCAAGACAACCUCCUUCACAGGAAACGGAAACAGAUAAAGAUGAGAAAUGUAAGAAAAGGAACCUUUGGGCUCAUGAAGAUUUUUGCUCUGAGUGCUGCUGCCAAGAGCUUGAAAAAAAGGAGACUUUGUGCCAGGAUUUGAAGAGAAAGUUGGAGAAAGCCUGCAGACAUCUUCAAUUUGCUGUAAGGGAGCACAAAGCUAAGACGGAGCAAAUCCAAGAAAAUCAGAAGACUUUAGAGGCUCUGAUUGCAGAAAACACUGAGAUGAAGGCUAAACUAAAAGACCUGAGAACACCACCAAGGUCACUGUCAGAGGGAGCCAUCUCAAAAUCCUGUACAUCCUGUGACAGUGUAAAAGGACUGGAGGAAAUGCGUGUUCAGUACAUUAAAGCUGUGAGCAAGAUUAAGAGUGAUAUGCUUUGUUAUAUCCGUGAAAGUAAGGAGAGAGCAGCUGAAAUGAUUAAAGUGGAGGUUUUAAGAGAACGUCAAGAGACUGCUCGGAAAAUGCGCAAAUACUAUCUGACCUGCCUUCAGCAGCUGCUUACUGAUAACGGGAAGCACGAAGGAGCUGAAAAAAAAAUAAUGACUGCUGCCAGCAAGCUUGCUACAAUGGCUAAAGUCCUUGAAACGCCUGUUCGACGUGUACCCCAAAGCAAAACUACCCGCUCAGUUGUGCCAUUAAAUUCUGAUCUUCCAACUGGAGUUGAGCACUCAGACAGGGAUUUCGUGCUUCAAACUAGGCCAAACUGUAUGGAAAGCAAAUCAUGUGCUGAAAAUAUUACCCAAAAAGCUAAUGAUAAAGUUGUACAGAAGUGUGUACCACAUGACUUGAGGCAGCAGUUUGAUGCAAGACAGACUGAAACACAAUAUGUGCUUCAUAAAGGAGGGACUUCAAGUAUCCAGAAUGGGAAUAAUUGUAAGAGCUUACAUGAUGCCUCAAGAGAUGCCCUGUCAGAGCUUUAUCCAAAUGAAGGUAGAAGAGAAAAAUUUGGCCCCAUCAUAAAUGCAGAUAAAAGACUGUUGUGCACAGCUAGCGAGAUAGCACAUGAAAAUACCCCUCCAUCUGCUUCUCAGGUAAAGUUGGGAACUGUGCAUGCAUCCAGCUGCAUGAAUGGUCUUGCCAUAUCCAAGCCAAUUCACUGCAUGCUGGAGAGCCAAAAGGAAAGAACACUCUUCAAAGAUGAUAAAUGUAACCAGCCACAUGGAAACUUGAAGACCCCAACUGAAAUACCCCAGGAUUUUGAUGUUCAAGAAGCUCCAGAAAGGGAUGAAGGCAGCUGCAGUGAAUGGAGUUCCGUUAAUGGAAGUCUGCACCUGGAUAGUGCCAAUAUGUCUCUGUUGUUCUCUGAACAAAAACUUGUUACUAAUGACCAAGCACAGAUGGCUUCUUAUGAAGAAUUUGCUCACAUCAAGUCAUUUUCCUCUAUGGAUGAAAAUGUUGGUACUUCUUGGAGAGAACUUACUAAUGACAAGAUUCUUGAUACAAAAAACAGCACAAAAGUUUACUGUAGAGACCAUCUGAAAGCAAAUGCAGAGCAUGCUUCAUUCCUGAAGUCUGACAAAUCAAAACCUCCUGUAGCACAACUCGGUGCAUCACCAAAUUCAAAUGCUGGAAAAGGCUACAACCAGUACUUGAAAAAAAUGGUGCGGGAUCCCAAAGCUUUUCAGGAAGAUAGUGGUUUUGAUAGCCCACUUUGUAACUUAAACUGA